AUUUAGGCUCGGUGGUGUAGAGCUUAGAGAUUGUCGAGAGAGGAGCAAGGAUUUUGCACUCGCGAGAUUGCUGUAGGUUGCGUCGUUGUUUCGUUGCGCAUUUGUGCGCCGAAGCUAGGAUACACUGCUUCCUAUUUUAUAAGUUUAUUAUAUAUAUAUAUAUACUUUUUGCUUGUUAAAUUUUAUUGCCCUCGUUCAGUGUGUGGAUUUGUUGUCCUGAAGUGAAGAAAUGGCGGCCAUGUUGGUGGCCUCGAGCACGGCAGUGGGAGCGGCAACUUUUGCGGUGAGGAAAGACAUAGGAACUUCUACUUCGUCGACUGCAAGUCCGCAGCUAGUAUUUGCGUCGAACCGCAAGGUUGUGUCUAGCGUGGCGGGCACGCUGGUGGUUUCCAUGCAGGUGCAUAUGCGGCCCAGGGGAACUAGCUUUAUGCUUGCGCGGAGUACGAUGAUGGAAAACCCUGCUCCUCAAAAGCAAGAGCCAUACACGGUGGGAGAUUACAUGACCCCUGUUUCGGAUUUGUAUUGUGCAACAGUGAAUACCACUAUUGAUGAAGCAUUGGAAGUGCUGGUUGAAAAGCGUAUCACUGGCAUGCCCGUAAUUGAUGAUGCUGGAGCAUUGGUGGGGGUUGUCUCCGAUUACGACCUGUUGGCGCUUGAUUCAAUAUCAGGUCAAAGACAACCAGAAACUAGUUUAUUUCCAGAAGCAGGCAGGACCUGGAAGGCUUUCAGGGAGAUCCAGAAGUUGUUGGUUAAAACCAAUGGAAAGAUGGUUGGAGAUGUUAUGACUCCAUCACCACUCGUUGUUCGUGAGCACACCAACCUUGAGGAUGCAGCAAGGGUUUUGCUUGAUACCAAGUUCAGGCGUUUGCCUGUUGUCGGUGAUGAUGGAAAAUUGACUCGAGAACAGGCACCAGUUGUCGCAAAGAGCCUUUGUGGUCGGACUUCUAACCAGAGGCAAUGUUGUAAGAGCUGCACUUAUUAUGAAACGAGCUGCUGAGAAAGAGCUUGGAGGAAAAGAAGCCGUAGAGGAUAUGUUUGGAGACACAUGAAUUAGUACUUUAUACAAGCGUCUUGUUCAUUGGAAAAGCUUCAACGGAGGUGCAGCAACCCAUUGAUAUUCUUUGGUGUUGAUAGAUGCAAAUUAUUAUACCCUUUCAGCUCUUGCAUGUAUACCAUGAACCAUCUGCUUCUACAGCCAGUUAUGUCAUCAGGCUAGGCGGAACUGCACACUAGUUGUGUACCUGCUUCUAGUGCCACAUUUGCAGUAACUUGAAGAAAGCUGAGGAAAUUUCAGUAAAUAUCAUUUGAGGGACCUUUCCAAAUUGCUUCUA